AUGUCUGCCAGCCAAGACAGCCCCCAUAUACUGCGGCCCAUCCCUCGCCGUCCGUUCAACAUCAACCUCAUGGGGCCAACACCCCCCGAGGACGAAGGCGAAGCGCAGGAGGAGCAGUCACAGCCGGAGCCGCCGCCGCCGCACCCCCCGGCGCGCACCUCGGGCGGCGGGCUGAACCUCGACUCCCUCAACCGGCGGCUCCUCGACCCGCGGGAGGGCACCCCGCGGUUCGACUCCCUGCCGGGCUCGCCCUCGACCAGCAUCAGCCGCGCCCAGUCGUACCUGAACCUCACCAGCUCGACGCUGUUCGGCAUCUACUCCCCGACCACGUACGGCAAGGACAGGUUCUACGCAGACCAGGACGAGCCCUCGACGCCCUGGGGCACCGGCGCCGAGACCCCCGCCAAGAAGCUGCGCGCCGACGAGCCCAUGUACGAGGUCCAGAAGGAGCGGGGGAGACACAUGCGGCGGCGGUCCUCGCUGCACCCGCCCCAGCGACCGCCACCGCUGUCCAGGCCCGCCGUGGUCUUCCACGUCGGCAUCAGGGGCCUCCUGCUGUUCGGGCUGGGCAUGCUGUACGGCGCGUUGGUGGCCAGGUUCCAAGACAGUCACAGGUUCCGCGGCCUCCAGAUCGAUGAAGCAGAGCCGCCGAUAGUGCCGGAUGCGAGGUACCUGGCUUUCUGGGGCGUCUCGGGCGUGGUCAUGGGGGCUCUGCUCCCCUGGUUCGACGGCGUGUGGGAGGGUGUAUUCGGGCAGGACGACGAGACGGAAUCGGCCGUCGACCACUCAAUGGGCUCUGAGGAAGCCGAGGACAGCCCACAAGGGACCGACUGGUCCUUGGCCAUCAGAGGAAUCGGGGCUUUUGUCGGCAUUGUUUUUGCCCUCCGCAAGCUCCAAUGGACCUCGACGCUCCAGGUGUCCCUGGCCCUGGCUCUGGUCAACCCUUGUUUGUGGUACCUCAUCGACCGGUCCAAACCGGGCUUCCUGCUGUCGGCGGCCGUCGGCCUCGCCGGGUCGGCCAUCCUGCUGGGCCUCAAGCCCGACAUGGUGCCCACGCCCGCCGGCCACGGGCCCUUCGACAGCUACGCCACCAACGCAUCGGCCACGCCCCUGGGGUCGUCGCCGACUAUGAUCCUCGGCGGCCUGGCCAGCCAGGAGACGGUCGAGACGGGCAUCUGGAUGCUCAGCAUCCUGUUCUGCUGCUGCGUCUGCUUCGGCAACAUCGGGCGCCGGCUGGCCAUGAACCAGUCCGGCACCAUCAAGGGGCGCUGGGCCGAGCAAAAGGCCGGCUGA